AACCACAUAAUUUGUGUGGUACGACAAACCUAAACAAGAUACUUAAAUUAUCUUUGUUUUAAGGUGGGUACAUACGUAAUUGAUAUUUGUCUCCAAAUAGCUUGUACCCAAUUCUUGAAUUCUUCUUCAAUACUCAAUGCUAAACAACAAUGGAGCUUCCCUGGUAUUCUUUUCUUGUUCCUCUGUUUGUCUUCAUUUUCCUCCUCCAUCAAUGGUUCUUUAGUACUUCAAACACCCAAAAAAGAUUAUUACCACCAUCUCCAAGAAAGCUUCCAAUCAUAGGAAAUUUGCACCAACUGGGGCAGCAUCCUCACCGUACUCUCCAUAAACUGUCUGAAAAAUAUGGUCCUGUCAUGCUACUUCACUUGGGCAGUAAGCCAGUGCUCGUUGCUUCUUCGGUUGAAGCUGCUCGUGAUAUCAUGAAAACUCACGAUCACGUCUGGUCAAACAGACCUAAAUCUAGCAUCGCUGAUGGACUCCUUUAUGGCUCCAAGGACGUGGCCUUUAGUCCCUAUGGUGAAUACUGGAGACAAAUUAGAGGCGUCAUGGUGCUUCACCUUCUCAACAACAAAAGAGUCCAAUCUUUUCAUGGUGUGAGAGAAAAAGAAACAUCAAACAUGAUUGAAAAACUUAGGCAAGGGUGUGAUUCUUCGAAUUCAGUGAUAAACUUGAGAGAUCUCUUAAGUUGUAUGACUAAUAACAUAAUCAGCAGAGUGGCCAUAGGGAGGACAUACAAUGAAGGGGAAAGUGGAUUAGCUGUCAAGGCUCUCCUAGAAGAACUUCUAGAACUUUUAGGUAUUUUUAACAUUGGGGAUUAUAUUCCAUGGCUUAAAUGGGUCAAUAAAAUAAAUGGUCUGGACACCAGAGUGAAGAAAGUAGCUAAAGAUUUGGAUGCAUUUCUGGAGACCAUGAUUGAAGAACGUGUGAUUAGGAACAAGAAAGAAGAAUAUAGAGCGGGUGAAGCUAAAGACUUUGUGGACGUUUUGCUGGAAAUUCAGAACGGAAAAGAAACUGGAUUUCCUCUUCAAAGGGAUUCAUUGAAGGCUAUUCUACUGGACUCGUUUAUUGCUGGUAUUGAUACAACGACUACAUCUUUAGAGUGGGUAAUGACAGAGCUUUUGAGGCAUCCAAGAGCCAUGGAAAAAUUACAUAAUGAAGUGCGACAAUUAGCACAAGGGAAAGCGGAGAUAAUAGAAGAUGACUUAGCAAAUAUGCAUUAUCUGAAAGCAGUGAUCAAAGAGGCUCUCAGGCUUCAUCCACCUGUUCCCCUACUAGUUCCUCGAGAAUCAAUGGAAGACGUAAAAUUACUAGGCUAUCACAUACCUGCUAAAACUCAAGUCUUUAUUAAUGUUUGGGCAAUCGGAAGAGACCCAUUAUCAUGGGAUGAUCCAGAGGAGUAUCGGCCUGAGAGAUUCUUAAAUAGUGAUAUUGAUUUCAAAGGACUAAACUUUGAGUUAAUUCCGUUCGGGGCUGGUAGGAGGGGCUGCCCAGGAAGUGUUUUUGGUAUUGUGGUGAAUGAGCUAGCAUUAGCAAACCUUGUAUACAAGUUCAAUUUUGCAUUACCAGAAGGGAUAAAAGAGGAGGAUUUGGAUAUGACGGAAUGCACUGGCAUCACUAUUCGUAGAAAAUUACCUUUACUAGCAGUGGCAAUUCCAUGCUCUUGAUAGGUUUUCUUUCCUCCCUAUUUAAUUAUACAGAUCACUGUUUUGUAACUCUUUUAUGUUCUAGAUGCAAGAUUUCAUAUAUUAACACGUUCCAUAGAUAUCAUUGAUAUGCCAAAAACUUCAAGCUA